UAUAUUACAGAACAAUUAUGAAUAACGUUCUGUGUAUAUAUAGACAGACUUGUAUUCAGUUUUCCAAUAACAGAACAGUCAUAAAAUGAUGUUACCGAUCGUUGGUAUAGACCGUUCCUGGAGUAUAUCAGUUCAGAAGAUGCUUUGAGUGUUGUAUACACGAGGUUUACAGUGAAAGUGCAAAUUAACUGUACCUGAAACGAAAAAAUGUUUGAGUCGGUUUUAAAACUGAGAAUGGUGGGAACUUGGGAACUGUUUUUGACGAGGAACUAACAAUCUCGGGACAAAAAUCAGCCCGUGUGAGAACGGUGCGGCUCUAAUUGGUUUUAUCCAUCAAUUAACAGUAAUUCUUUAAAUCAAUACAGAAAUAUCGAGCGAAGUCGGCUCCAAUUUAUCAUGAGUCGAGGAUGUAUUUUUCCGAGAUUCCUGGAAGAUAACGUAGAUAUCAUGUGGACUUAAAUCAGCAGUAUUACGUGGUAAGAUGGCGACGGGGAUGUCGAGUAUUGAGGUAUGCCGGGAAAAGCUGUUAAUGGCUUCCCUGAAGGCUCCAUCUCAACAGCACAUCAACGCCAACCUUUUGGUCUCCCUACCAGACUUCGACAAAAGUCGACGAAGAAGUACUAUACAUUCCUACACCCUUUCCAAUUACCACACACUUCCCCAAGACCCCGAAACACUCCGAACGGUGCGCGAAAUGAGUCAGGGAAAAGCACUGAAGAAUGUGAUAGUUUUAGGACUGGCGUUCAUGUUUAUUUUUACUGCCUUUGUAUCCCUGCAAGGUUUACAAAGUUCUCUUCAUAUUAAGAGUGGUGUCGGUGUAUUUUCGCUUUCCAGUAUAUACAUAGGUACCAUAAUUUCUUGUUUCUUUGCUCCCUGGAUCAUACAACGCUUCACAACAAAAUGGACAAUGGUGGUGACAUUUGUAAUCUUUACGGGUUAUUUUGCGGGAAACUUUCAUCCCGAACAUUAUAUGCUCAUUCCUCUAGGCGCUCUCCUUGGCCUGCUGGCGGGUCCAUUGUUCAGCGCUCAAGCAACCUCUAUCACCACAAUAGCUUUGGCCUAUGCGGAACAUUCUCAUAUGCCGGAUCAAGAUCAUGUUAUAAACAAAUUCAUGGGAAUUUUUUGUGGACUAUAUCGGACAAGCAACAUCUGGGGAAAUCUUAUUACAACACUAGUCAUCAAUAAAAAUAGUUCAGAAGUCGAGGGUUUCACCCAUAACCAUUCAAACCGCUCGUGUGGUUCUAGGUAUUGCCUCAAGGACAACGUUAACGACGAUCUUUUAGAAGAUCUGAUGACAACGAUAGACCAUAAUACAAAGAUCAUGUUAUUAAGUAUUUACAUGGGCUGCGGGGUGAUGGGAAUAGUCAUACUAAUCUCACUCUUUGACCAGCACAAAAGGAAAAAGAAAAACCACCAUUAUGAUGACGAUGAACUGACAUCAUCAGAAAUGUUUUUAUCUACGCUGAAAAUGUUCAAGGAUUCCAAAUGUCAACUCCUUAUACUUAUUGUAGUUUUUGUCGGUUUGGAGCAGGGAUUCAUGUUCAGCGAUUUUACUCAGGCUUACAUAUCCUGUACAUUGGGCGUAUCCCAGAUAGGACCCGUUAUGAUGUGCUUUGGCGCCGUCAGCUCCACCAGCUGUAUACUGAUUGGAGUUUGUGCCAGUCGCCACAUCAAGAGGUUUGCUUUCAUCACGGCCGGUGCCACCUUUAAUGUGGGUCUUCUGAUAGUUCUGUGGCUGUGGAAACCAACACUGGAUGAUGUCCCAAAUUUCUUUGUAGUUGCUGGAUGUCUUGGUCUCUGUGACGCCAUUUGGCAAACUCAAACAUAUACCCUUUUCGGUGUUCUUUUCAUUGACAAACAGGAAGCUGCUUUUUCCUGCUACCGGAUGUUAUACGCCACUGGGUGCGCAAUAGCUUUUGGGUACAGCUACUUCCUCUGCGUUCAAACCAAAGUCAUCGUGUUGGCGGGUGUUUUAGUGCUCGCAUUGUUCAUGUAUUGUGUCAUAGAAAUGAAAGUACAGCUGCAGAGUCAGCAUAUCAGAGAUAUAGUAGCUCUGUGACCUCUCUCUUUUUAUUUACAGGUAAACAAUCAUUACCAUUGUAAAGAAAUCAACUUGACAAAAUGCUUUAAUUUGUCUGAAGUUUCAUCUCAAAUAGAUAGCACGCGCAUGCAUUACACAUACUGAUGAGUGACGAAUAAAGCAUGCUUUAUUUUUCUUCAUCAAAGAAGAAUAUUUCGAGAAAAUAUGGGACCAAAAAUCAUUAUAGAUAAAUUAGUCACAUUAUGAUAAAUAACGAAUACAAUUUUCUGUAAGAUAUUUUACAACCUUAUUAAGGUGAACAUAUUUUUAUUAUAGGCUUUUGAAAACUGUAUGUUUAAUAUUUCCAUAUUGGUAUUGUUUAUUUUCCUAGAUGCAUACAUGUAGAUAUAUCAAAAUGUUUAUUUCCUCGCUGGGUAUGAAAUAAAUUUAAAAGUAAA